AUGGAGUGUACAUACACAGCGCCUAGCCGCAAGUCAGCACCUAAAAAACGACGGGGCAUUGCGAAGGGCGAGGCUGGUGUCAGCGAUACACAAGGUCGGCUGGGACGACUGGAGUCUGUGAUCCAACAAGUCGCCGAGCGUUUGGAUGCCGUCGAAAGUAGAACUGAUGUUGAACCGCUGCCUCAUUACGAGGAGGCAAGUGCGGGUGCGACAGUGUUACCGUCAAAUAUCACAAGAAGCGAAGAUGACAAUGACUCUCCAAAAUUGUUGGUUCUACCACAUCUAGAGCAGAUCUUGCCAGUCAUUCAGAUCUACCUCAGAGAUUUCAACUCCGUAUUACCACUGUUUCAUCCCGAUACGCUCUUGAGGUUAGUGCACGAUUGUUAUAGUGUUGGGCCCCUUCAACGCGAUCCAGUAGCAUGGGCUGCUAUUAACAUCGUGCUGGCUCUCGCGCGGCGGCACGACUUAGUAGUCGAUCAGGAUAUCCCUUCUUCCGCCACAUGUCUUAGCAGGGCAGAGUCAGUGCUGUCGAGGGUAGUUUUGGGCAGUGUCCAGCUCCUUAACGUCCAAGUGCUGGUGGGCAUGGUGAUGCUGCUUCAGGCUUCACACGAUCUGAAGCCUUCGCUGAUCUUAAUUGCUACAACACUACGUCUCGCACACUCGAUUGGCCUGCAUGACCGGGACUACUCAGCGCACUUGGAUAUUCGGGAGGCAAGGCAGCGAGAUUAUGUGUUCUGGUUGGCGUAUAUCCUCGACAAAGACCUCAGCAUGCGCUCAAAACAACCCUCAAUCCAGAAUGAUGACGAUAUCAAUCUUGACAUGCCUUCGCCGGAAGUCCUCAACUACGACGAAAACAAGAGAAAAAUUAACAAAAUCCAAGAUGACCAAACCUCAGGUGUUAUCACUACCGUCGAUGGAAACCUGCAGAUGAAUUUUCUCACAGCACGCAUUCAAUUAGCUGCUGUCGAAGGCGGUGUAUAUGACUACAUCUAUUCAACGCGGUCUCGAAAACGCAGUCCUGAGGAACGGUCACGUGCACUACAAAGCGUGUCACAUGCACUCGAGCAGUGGAAAGCCUCCAUUCCAUCCGAGUUCAACGCCGAAGUGGGCUCAAAAAGUGUAGCUCCUAGUACGCGCCGCUUCCUAGGGAUGUUACAUGCUACGAGUCUCACUUGUACAACUCUUGUGAACCAGGCUCAUGCCUGGGAUGCCGGGUGGAUUGCCAGUAUCCGUAGGUAUGGUAGUCAUGGGAUUGCACCGCAGCUGCCGCCAGAGUGGGAGACAUUGGUAGAUGAGGCACGCGGUUUGCUGGUGCUGUUUAGGGACUUGAGAGAGACGAACCGCUGGAAUUGGUGGAUGACCGGGUGUGCGUACAUGACAGCUAUGGUGCUUUUAACAACCAACAGCAUGCACGAACCGAGACACAGUGAUUUGUCUUUAGACAGCGAUCUUGUGGAAAUCGGGUUGCAGACCGUUGGAAGAAUGGCGAAGGAGACCGGGCAUGAAGGGCUGCAUUCAUUCCAUGCUACUUGCACUGAACUGCAUCAACGGACGCAACAAAAAUGUGCCGAAGCGGCCAUCGAUGGCGAUAAUUUCGGUCGUUCUUCGUAUAUUUUGAAUAUCUAG